AUGAAGCUCCUCCCCCUCCUCGUAGCCUCCCUCCUCCCCAGCGGCCUCAGCGCCAGCCCCAUAGCCAACGCCGACGAUCUCCAGUCUCGCAACCCCGGCAACGACGCCCUCGCCCCCCGCAUCGACGGUGACUGCAGGAUCGUCAACGCCCCCUCGGGCGUGAACUGCCGGUCGGGCCCGGGUACCGGAUACAGGGUGGUCGAAUCCUUGAACAAUGGCGAGCUUCUCUGGUUCAAGUGUUACAAGAGCGGAGAAUGCAUCACCCGGAACGGGGCCACCAAUUGCGGCUGGCAUUACGCGCCGACCCGCAAUUUCCAGUGUUACGUCAAUGGGCACUUUACCGACAACAACUGCAGUGCCUCCAAACUUCCCAAGUGCUAG